AUGAGUAUAGGCAUGAUACCAAGACAAGCGAAGUUAAUAGUCAGCUUUAUGUUUUGGGGUUUUCUGGUGUUGUCAAGUGCAACAGAAGAUCUGGUGGUGAUAACUCAGUGUAAGAACCAAUGCAAACAUGAUCUCCACAACAUGAAAGAAUGUGAAGAUAGGUGCCACAAAAAGAUGAUGAUGAUGAUGGACCAACGAUGGCCACAGAGAAGAGGUUUUGAUGGCGUUGACGAUGAAGCUCUGCAGACAAAAUGCAACAGGAAAUGCACUUCUUCUUACACACCCCGUAAAAGAUGCAUAUCUCAAUGCUUCAGGUCCAUGGUUGGGAAGAAGAUCAUGGACAACGAGGUAAUCUGUGAGUCAUCGUGCACCAUCCUUCAAGAGAAACCGCUCAUUGUAAGAUGCACCAGGGUUUGCCACGAGAGUACUCCCGGAGCUGUUGGCUUAGUUCUACUUGAGAAAGAGAAUCUCUAG